GCUGGUUGGACUCUUGAGUUGGAGCGAGACAGUCAGUAACACCCCAGCAACGCCCGGGGUAGCUGUAGCACACUCAGUGAAGUGUCGCAGCAGUCUGGGUCGUCAAAUACUUUCUUGGAACAUCAUCUUUAUCAUCUGUCUGCUUCGUAUCACCCUGGGAACCACUUGAACCGAAGAACAACCAACUGAGAACACCAACAGUGACCUUUAAUCAGAUACGACCAGAUUUAUCGCCAACGUAGUAAGAUUACCAAAUGUCCAUCAGAAAGAUGCGUGUGUUAUGUCUCAAUGUGUGUGCCAUUCUGGUGGCAUAUGCUGUGGUCCAGGCUUAUGGAGACAGCACCAUCGAUCUAAAUCCAGUUAUCAUAUCCCCAUUCCUCAGUAACAGCAAUAAUACCUUGUUAGUAAUGGAUCUCAUGAAGAAACACUUUGACGACUCUCUCAAGUACCUGUACACUAGCAAGCAGUAUGGAAGCCAGUUUGUGGAGCGCCCUGGCAUGGCUAAGUUAUUGAUGGAUGCUAGUGAUAACCAGUGGGAGGAGGGCCUAGACUUCCUCAAGAAAUACCUCCAGCGUGGUGGCACACUUGAUGAGAAUUUUGUUUUGUCUUUCACUGGAAAGGGUGAAUUAACCUUAGACAACACUGAGGUCAUUGCAGACAAAUAUGUGAACACACUUAAAGAUAUUGUGAUCGACUCCAUUUCACGGUCUCACAAGAUGAACAAAAUGCAUCAUGUAGCAAGCAAGUGGAGGCAUGGAGAUCCUGAGAUUGGCCACUUCCUGGAUAACAAAUUAAAGGCCGAGGCUGAGUACACCCGUAAAAUGGCUGGUCAUGUUGUUACUCUGAAGAAGAUGAAGACCCUUGGUGUGGCCCUCAACAUGUUUGAUGCUAAUCUUUAAAUGUCAUAUAAGGUAAUUCUGUGUACUUAGGCUCCAUUGAGAUAUGUGUUUUAGGUGUUAGUGAACAAGUAUUUCAAUGACGACCAGCAUAAUAGGUCAUAUUCUAGAAAACUGUAUUAAUAUCUUUUAAACUACAGAAAUACCUACCUGUAUUGUAUCUUUUUUCAUAUAAGACUCUAAGUGGAUAUUUCUUCACAGUAAUACUGUAACCUCAGUUUCAAUUUAGUGAAGUUAUAUUGUUAAAUAAAAAAAAAAUGGAGUGGUAGAAAAAGUGCAGGCAAAUGAUCCUGAUUCCAUAAGCAAUCCCUAUUCAUUUCUAUGAGGUGAAGUGUGUCCUACUCAGAACCAACCAUAGGUGGUGCACCCUUAUAUAAAACAUCUGCAUCAUCUUCAUUCUUCAUAUGUUCAAGAUGUUUGAAUUUUCCUACAUUAAGAUUCUUAAUAUACAUAUUGCAACGUUAUAAAACCAGACAAACAAAGUCUUCUACUAUAUUUUAAUUUGUCUCAAUAUUUACAAAAUAAUAAUUUAGAGCUGAUUUUGAUUUGAAAUGUGAAUUCAUAAUUAAUUUUUUAAAGUAGCAUGCUUGUACCCUGUAUAUUGUUAUGAAAAAUGCUUAGUUCUACUUCAAGUCUGAGUAAGCUAUAAUUUAUCAUUCAAUAAAUAGUAUAUACUAAUACAAUCAACUUUAUUGUUAGACAAAUAUAGAUAUAUCAAAUAAGGAAUUUGUCAACACUUACAAUAAAGUUUAGUACUAGAA